AUGUUUCGAGAAAUUCCUUGUGACUACAUUAGUGCUCAGAGUUCAAGCUGUUCAGCUGCAACUAAAGCAGACCGUCAGAGGCCACUGACAUACAACGCGCUCGAUUCUGCCCCGCCCGGACUCAGCUGUGGCGGCACGACGUACCACCACCCGGCGGCGGCGGCCGGCUGGCCGGGCCACCAGACCGGCUCGUUCAUGCCCCACCACCACCACCACCCCCACCACCACCCCAACAACUACAACUACUACGGCGCGGCCCAGCCGGCGCCCGGCCCGUACCUCAACCCGCCGCCGCCCGCCGCCGUGGCUGCCGCCGCGCCGCCGCCCCCGCCUCCGCCGCCGCCCCCGCCCACCAUGCUGGUGUACCCGCACCUGUACUCGACGGUCAACCAGAACCAGAUCCACGUGCACCUGCACGCCGACCGGGACUACGCGCACGACCCGGAGGCGGCGGCGGCCGCCGCUCGCAGAGCAGACCCGGAGAAAAGUGGAUUCAGUGUAUUUCUUGUAAACAGUGGGCUCACGAAGAACGCACAGAAGGUGGACUUAGCUAUGUUUGCCACAACUGUGACUCUGAAUAUUCAGAUCGACCCCAAGCAAAAAUUUUAUUCUGUAUUAAAACCUUGA